AUGGUCGAACAGAAUAUCCUCCGCGCCCUUGCACUGGGUUUUGGCUUGGAGGAAGAGUGGUUCUUGAAGUAUCACGAGACGGCAAAUAGUCAGCUGAGGUUACAUCAUUAUCCUAGCAUAUUCUCUGAAUUGCUCGAGACAAACAAGCUGACAAGGAUAUCGGCUCAUACGGAUUUCAACACACUUACAUUCCUCUUUCAAGGCAAGAUAGGAGGACUUGAAGUCGAGGACCCGAAUGAGCCUGGGAAGUAUGUGCCAGUGCCUCCCAUCCCCAACUUGAUCGUUCUCAAUGCGGGGUCGAAUGACACGAUACGGAGUACAAUGCACCGCAUUGUAGCACCGCCGGGUGUGGCAGCAAAGGAUGGCCUGCUUCCGUCCUGGUAUUCUAUGCCCUAUGUAAAUUUGCCGAUUAAUGGUUGGUAUGCACAGGACUUUUCCACAGUCGUUGAUUCGGUCCCUGGUACGUGGACAGCAGAUUAUCCCAAGAAGUAUGAGCCCGUGUCGGUGAGUUAG